AAUAGAUGCCUCAGGGAUAAUGAAUAUGGUUUGAUAGGAGAAUUCCAGAGGUGGUUGGAGAAGCAUGGCAAACAGGGACAUUCAAAAGGAAUAGUCACACAAAAGAAAACUCAUGGGAAAGACAAUAAGGGUAAGGAAAUUGACCCAAAAAGGAGACCCCCUAGAAGUAAUUUAGACACUUCAGACAUAAUUAAACAUCUGAGAGCCUUCUUGAAGAAGAAGUCCCAGAGGUAUCAUGAAAGCAAGAAACCCUUCAGUUUUCAUUCAGACCUUAUUCCGAACCACAAAGAGAAAAGUCAUGGAAAAUGUAAUGAAGGUGAGAAAGUCAUCAGUCACUCUUCAUUUCUAACUGAACAUCAAAAACGUCAGAAGAUUCUUUUGGCAGAUAGGUCUAAGAAGUGCAGUCUGUGUGGUAUGCUCUUCAUUCCAAGGUCAUCUAUUUCUAAGAGAAAAAUCUGUAUAUGUGAAAAAUGUUGGAAAGAGUCAUGUCAGCCUGCAGCCUUAAAUAAAGAUGAGGGAACUGAGACUGGAGAAAAAACCCAUGAGUGCAGUAAAUGUGGAAAAGCUUUUGGCUAUAGUGCCUCACUCACCAAACAUCAGAGAAUUCACACUGGAGAGAAACCCUACAUAUGUAAUGAAUAUGGAACAGCUCUUAGUGAUAGUUCAUCACUCACACCACCUAAUGGAACUCAUAGGAGAGAUAAACAUUCCAAAUGUGAUGAUUGUGGAAAAGGUUUCACCCUUAGUGCCCACCUCAUUAAACAUCAGAGAAUUCAUACUGGAGAAAAACCUUACAGAUAUAAAGACUGUGGGAGACCCUUCAGUGACAGUUCAUCUCUUAUUCAACAUCAGUGAGUUCAUACUGGGGAAAAACCCUAUGCAUGUAAUGAUUGUGGAAAAUGCUUCAGUCAUAGCUCAUCUCUUUCUAAACAUCAGAGAAUUCAUACUGGAGAGAAACCCUAUAAAUGUGGUGAAUGUGGAAAAGCCUUUAGACAGAAUGCAUGCCUUACCCGGCAUCAGAGAAUUCAUACUGGAGAGAAACCAUAUUUCUGUCAUGAUUGCGGGAUGACUUUUAGCCAUUUUACAUCUGUCAUUUAUCAUCAGAGACUUCAUUCAGGAGAAAAACCCUACAAAUGCAACCAGUGUGAGAAAGCCUUCCCUACCUAUUCUCUCCUUAGUCGUCAUCAUAGAAUUCAUACUGGUGUAGAGCCUUAUAAAUGUAAAGAAUGUGGAAAAUCCUUCAGUCAGAGUUCAUCUCUUAAUGAGCAUCACUGAAUUCAUACUGGAGAGAAGCCCUAUGAAUGUAACUAUUGUGGAGCCACCUUUAGUUGAAGCUCAAUCCUUGUGGAACACAUAACAAUUCAUACUGGAAGGAGAGACUAUGAAUGUAAUGAAUGUGAGAAGACAUUUAAAAGUAAUUCAGGCCGUGAGCCACCGCGCCCGGCCGAAAAUACAUUUUUUUGA